AGCUGGCCUCGUUCUGAGUGCCGCCGCCGCUUUGAGGCGGCGUAGAAUGAGGCCCGCGGCUGCGGCCGCGGCUCCGGCGUCGGCAGGGGCAGGAGCCGCUGAGGCAGCAGCUGAGGUGACCGCGACGGGCGCGCCCCCACCCUUCUGACCUGGAUUAGGCCCAGCAGCUCCGUGGCCGCCGCCGCCCCUUGGGGGGGCGGGGUGGGGAAGUGCUUCGUCUCCCCGCCCCCCCCAUUCUUCGCUCAGCCGGAGGCGACCGCCGCGACCCCAGCAGAGCCCGCGACCCGGCCUUGAGCCCCCACCGCCGGGGCCUGGCAUGAGCGGCGCUUCGGCGGCGCUGGGGAACGGAGGAGCCGCCGCCGCCUGAGCCCCGGCCUGCCGCCCGACCCCACCUCGCUGACAGGCUGACCGCGGAGCGUGCGAACGACCCCGCCACGUUCUUCCGCCCCCAUAUCACACGCCCAGCCCCAGAAGAUGGGGAACUGCCUCAAAUCCCCCACUUCGGAUGACAUCUCCCUGCUUCACGAGUCUCAGUCUGACCGGGCUAGUUUUGGCGAGGGGACGGAGCCGGAGCAAGAGCCGCCGCCGCCAUAUCAGGAACAAGUUCCAGUUCCAGUCUAUCAUCCAACACCUAGUCAGACUCGCCUAGCAACUCAGCUGACCGAAGAGGAACAAAUUAGGAUAGCUCAAAGAAUAGGCCUUAUACAACAUCUGCCUAAAGGAGUUUAUGACCCUGGAAGAGAUGGAUCAGAAAAAAAGAUCCGGGAGUGUGUGAUCUGCAUGAUGGACUUUGUUUAUGGGGACCCAAUUCGAUUUCUGCCGUGCAUGCACAUCUAUCACCUGGACUGUAUAGAUGACUGGUUGAUGAGAUCCUUCACGUGCCCCUCCUGCAUGGAGCCAGUUGAUGCAGCACUGCUUUCGUCCUAUGAGACUAAUUGAGCCAGGGUCUCUCAUCUGACUUCAAGUGAACCAUCAUUUUUGGUGGUUUUGAUCUUUUGUCACUGAGCCCAAAGAGCCAGGGAUUAGGAAUUAAGAUCAUGCACAAAAGUUUUCCUAAAAAUUCCUGAAUGGCUGCAGAUGUUGGGGGAAAGUACAUCAUAUUUUAGAAACUUAGGGGAAAAGUAGGAUGGUAUUUUUAUGUAAAGCCUUGACCCAGUGUUUAAAAAUAUAAUUGUAUUUAGAUCUUGUUAUUGCUCCAGUACAUAGGAAUUGUGUAAAGUGCUACAGCAACUGUAUAUGUUUAAAUUGUGUGUGUUGAAGAUUAGGAAAAAGAUAGUGGUUGUUUUCCCUAAAUGAAACAACUUUCUUUUUACCCCUGCCACCCAAAUUCUUUUCCGAAGUUGCUGGCAUUUGGGUCAAGGUUUUAUUAAAAGCUACAUUUUAUAACACUGGCACAAAAAAAAAGUAGUUUUAAGCUUGUUUGCACAGUUAUUUUUUUCCAUUGGAAAUGGAAUUCAUUGCCUUAGGUCUUUUUAAAUAGUGUAUUAUUAUCGUUGGGGCUGGCUCUAUGCUUGAAAACCAGUUUAUUUAUAACCUGUUACAAGUGCUAUAUCUGUUUGCAGUUAGGAAAUGCAGAAUUCAAAGUGAUCUCCUAGCUUGUAAGCAAACUGAGAUGCACUAUCCCUUUUCUAUAAAAAAAUAAGUUAAUGUCAGAAAACCAACACUAAUAAAGUGGGGUUUAAUAUUACCCUUUCCUAUGUUUUAUCUAAUUAUUUUCGUUGUUAAUAUGGUGAUAAUUAAAAGUCAAGGUGAAGUUUUAAGUAUUAAGAUUUCUGAUUUAUUGAGUUUGAUAAUGCCACCAUGCUUAGGUAAAAAUGAAAGUGGAACCAUAAAACUGAAAAGUUUCUCAGUUGUAUCAGUUUUGAUUUAUUCUUUCCUGUAACCUCCUGUUGUCUUGAACCAUAGCAAAAGGAUACUGCAUCUCUUAUUAUCGUAGUGCUGAGGUUAUUGAAGUUAUAUAAAAUACAUCUCCAUCUUUGUUUCUUGGAAAGGAAAAGUCCUGCUAGGUGACUGACAAGUCUAAGUAAUAAGCAGGGGAGAAUUAAGAGAAAUAUAUUUCAUGUUUUGCACACAAAUGCAGAAUUUGUAUAACCACAUGACUUCACAGUUGUGAUCUCAAAAGAAGGAAUUUCUCCUUUAUCUUUUUCUUGAAGUUAAUGUAAGAACACUCUGAAUCUCUAAGCUUCUGAAGUGUUAGAGGUAGAAAUGGUCUAGUAAGAUGUAGUUGUAGUGUUUUAUCCAUUUAGCAUGUGUUUAUUUUUCCUUAUGUACUCAAAGUAUUUGUUCAGAUCAGUGAUAUUACAGCUAAAAAAUCAUUCAUUAGCAAAAGAAGUAAUCUCAACCUAACAAAUUGGAAAUGUUUCUUAAAUAUUGAGUUGAAUAUUUGACUCUAACACUUUUCUACAUGCAAAAAAAAAAUCUUGAAGGUUCUUCAUAAUUGCAUUAUAGAGGAAUUUAGUAUGUCAUAAAUACUUUAUAAAGAUUUGACAGUUGACUGUAGUAUCCAUAUGUUGGUUAAUUUUCUUAUAAGCCCAUGAUGGAAAGACUUAAAAACUGAAUUUGGGAAAAAACUGAAAGAAAUUAGAUUAUCAGGUUCUGUUAAAUUGUUAUAUGUAUCUCACUUAAGUUUUUGUUCAUUAAUUUAUGUCCAUCCAAUUACAUAAAGCAAAUUUGGAGGAAACACCUGAAGUUGUGCAAUACUUUCAGCGAUACUACUUUUUUUUAUCCUUGUGUUUUCUACUUAAACAUGAUGUCUGUCAUCAAGUAUUAUAUAGUCAGACUCUUUUUUCCUAGAUUGUUAAAAUUGGUAAAUGAAUUUUUUUUUUAAAUCAUCUUCUGUGUUGCUCUUAGUCUUUAUUUAUUACAAGGCUUCUUUCACAGUAGUUUGGUGAUGAUAUUGAGAAACUAGUAUUGAGCUGAAUAUUUUUUUAAGGUACUUUGUAUUCUUUAAUGUGAUCUCCACAUACUAUAUUAAGAUUCAUCAAUUUUGGCUUCUACUAAGUUAAAUAAAGUUGUAAUACAGUUGUAAAGGGCUAAAAUUAGAGUUGAUUAGGUAAGAUUGUUCCCCAGUUAUCUAAUCCUUUCUUUUAAAACAGACGUAUAUAAAUUAAUUACUUUUAAACCUCUCAGGUACAUACUUUUUUGGAAGUAUUGGUUUUUAUGGCUUGGCAUUUAAUACUAUCUAAUCAUAAAUUUAGAAGUUUGAUAGCUUCAAAUCUUCUAAAGCCAAAUAGUAGGCAUAGAAUAUUUAGAUCUUGGCAAGGCAUAUUCAAGCUUGGGUAUAGGAUUUCAAAUGUCUAAAAAGCCUGACCAGAAAAAAAAAAAAAUACAAGAAUUUUAUUCUUUUAAAUGUAAACCCAACAAGUUGAUACACUUUCAAAUACUUGUGGUUUGGUUCCCACAAACUUUUUUUCAGUUCUGUGAGUGUUCUAUUUAGGAAGUAUCUUAAGCCAGGUAUUAGAAGAUUCUCCCCCUACAAUCUGUGUUCAUGUGAUAUGAAACACUAUGAAUUUACAGAAUACAGUGAGCAUUGAGGUAACCAAUUGUCUGUGUACAAAGCCCCAUCCAUCAUCAGGAAGCAUGCAUUUUUAAAGAGGAGUAACAAAGUAGCCAAAAGCGGAGCUGCCUAUGGUCCUGGGACUGAAAAUGGUAAACAGGAAAGAAGGUAAGUUUCUUUGGCAUAAUUCAGAAAUAUUGGCAGUUUGUUGGCUACCUCUGCUUACAAAAACAUUUGCUAGCAGUUAGAUUCUCAGAGGCAGCUGAUUACACUUGCAUAUAGGUGCAUCAUAGCCAAUAUAAUAACCUCAACUAAUUUUUUAAGCCUUAAAUUUUGAAAUAAGCGGGCAUGAGAAAAAGCUAGAUUUUUGGUUAGUAUCUGCUGAAGUAAUAUUACAUUUAGUCACCUGGAUUUAAAGAUCAUCUACUCUUUUACUGGGUGGGGAGAAAGUCAGAGAAGAUAGUGUAAGGCUGGGGGCAGUGAUGGGAAGAGCAAGCACAUCAGACACUGAUGACGUGCCAAAGUCCCCGGCUGUUGCCCCCUCCCAACCUGAAAAAUGUGCCUUGGGCUAGCCAAUCCUCGCGCCGCUGUAAAUCUAAGCUCUGUCUCCCCCUACCUUCUUUAAAAACUCACUGCCUGUCUGCUUACGUGCAAAUUCUCCAGCCUCCAUUUCUAUAGACUGGGGAAAUCUCACCCGGGUAUUUGCGUUCAAAUAAACUACCUGGCCCUUU